UACACUAAGGAGUCCCCCCAUCUUGCAGUACGGAUCCAGGAAGCCCCCCAAGGACAACAACCAGAUAAGUAUAUUUAGUAUAUUUAUACACCUAAUGUGUUUGUUUAAUUAAUGUCCCCAGCAGUACUGGUGAAGGGGCCAGGCCUCUGCAUUACAAUCCCCUGUCUUAACUUGAUUCGACUUGACUCUUAACUUUAGCCUUGGUCACCCUCUCACCUGUUUAACCACACCUGAUCCAAGCACCUUCUAAAGAUCAGGUGUGUUGAAAGGAUUUGCACAUUCAUGGGUGAAUACAUCUUUGCAGGGACCCAAUUAAUUUAAUUUAAAAAGUAUUGAUGAGAAAAUUCACGUAGGUGUCUAAUAACUGUUGAUGCACAAUUGAGUUUUGGAAAUUCCAACAUAACGUUCCUCAAGAUGUUCCUUGAUGAGUUUCGGUAUUCGCUGUUCUCUCCACAGCUGCAGUUUCGGCACGUCUUUGCUUUUCCAAGCAAAGCUUUUGCUGCGUUUGGACACGUUUGGACGUGUUGCGACAGAUCAGGCGGUUGGAGAAGUCUGGAAGAAGGUGGAGGAAGAUAAGGAAAGAGUGCAGCUUCAUGGAGCUCCAGUACGCUCUGAGAGACGUGGGAAAGACUGGAAUGUGGGCGGAGCUUUGGAGGAUGCUUUGAAUUCUGGCACAAGUCAAGUUCGAGAGUCAUUUCCUGGUAGCGGCAGUUAGUCAUCACCUGUCAGGUAGGACGGUAUGACAGAAGGCGUGUGGAGGAAUUGGAGAAGAAUUGGAGGAAAAAUAAGAUAAACUGGUGGACACCCUGGGUUUCUUUAGACAGGAACAACCAACUUUUGGAUAUAGAAAUCCAUAAAAAGCCAUGGACUGAUGAAUCUGUACAGGAAUUUCGGGUGCAUGCUGGAGACAUGGGUGGCACAUGGGUACCCAGAUGCCUCCAGCUUCUCAGAAGACGCUUUGGAGAAGCAGCAGGAUGCAAACAGCAGCGAUUCUGCUUCAACCUGCUCCAGCAGGUUCCCAGGAAUCACUCUGAGGUCUGAAUCUGAAGACUCUGGAGUGGACUUGUCCAACGUGGGCAGCCCUAAGGAAUCGAGGUCAAGCGUUUUGACCUCUGAAGACUUCUUGGAACUCAAACCGACUUCUAUCUGUGAAAUUACCGAAGAAGAUGUAGAUGUCCAGCCUUCAUCUGCUUCUCCAUCUCCGUCCAUCUGCUCUUCAUCGUCUUCGUGUUUCUCAGAAGCUCAGGGGUCUCAGAACCGGUCCACAGCAGAAGGCUUAUCCUCAGUAGAGCAGGCUUUAAAGAGGACACGUUUCGAGUUCAAGAAGACGAGAUCCCUGGAGAAUAUGCUGGAUGUAAGACCUCGCCGACGCAGCAACACGACCUCGCUCAGCCGGGGUCUUCACACAGGGUUGACCGGACCACCCCACAGUACCGAAAGUGACCAGGACAGUCCAGGACACACUGUCCAGCAGGAUGAUGGGAAUAGUGAAGACCUUGUAGAGGGCGUGUAUGGCGUGGAGCCGGACUUGGACGGGCUCUCUCCGGGGCUGGUGUACCUGGAGCAGAUGUGCCGCAUGCUGGAGCAAAUCGCCCGACUACAACAGAAGAACCAGAACCUGCAGGUUCAGAUGGACACCAUCCGAGUUCAGAACGAGGCUGCCAGUGCACAAAAACUCGAGACUAGUUCGAAAUUUAGCAAAAGGUCGGACCCCCUGCGUCUUGAGGACCCAUCCAGCCUAACUUCCAAUGGUUUCCGCCACAGAACCGUCUCAGACACAUGGGCUUUCCUCAAACAUCGGAGAAAACCUAAAGUUGAGAAGUUCGCUUCUACUGAAGUUCUGCUGGAGGAGCCUGUGGGGAACCUGGAGCCGCCGGUGGAAACAGAGCCGAGGAAGAAGAGCAGCAGCCUGAAGCAGAGGAUUAGCUCACUGAAAAAGAAUGACAAGAUAAGUCCCUCACGGAGCAGCAGUUUACAUGGUGAGAGGUCGGUGCUAAACCUGUUCAGGAACAGAAGAAAGACCACUCGGCUCUGAGACUCUACCAACCGGUGACUUUACUGUACCUGGAUGAGAAUAUAUAAAAAAUAUAGCUAACAUGAAUUUUAAGGCAUAAGAAACAAUAACAAUGCAUUGUAAUUUGCACUGCACUGUAACACUAGCAGCUUGUAUUUUCACAUAAAGCACUUUUUAGCAGUUAUGCUAAUGCUAACUGAAGAGCUCAUGUCUAAACCUGUGUUCUGUGGGUUAAACUAAAGGAUUCCACAGUUGCAUCAUACAGUGUGAGGCAAGGUUUAGAGCCUGUUUUGAGUAAUAUGAGUCAGACUGGUGGUUAAAACUGGAAAAAGCCAGUUUUAUAGUCCAGAUUUCUGAAAGGAUUCUCAGGUAGAGCUUUAAUUGUACGUACUUUGCUUUAUCAAUCUUUAGGUGAAUAUUGUUGAUUUUAAAUUAUGUAUAUAUUGAGAACAAUAAGCACUUACAGUUCCUACACUUGGAAUAAUCAAUACACAUCAUUACAGUGUGAUGAGAACCUUAGAGAACCUACUAUUUGACUCUUCGUUUCAUUUCUUCUACACAAAUCUGAAAUCUGCUCCUGAUAUAAUUAUUAUUGUUUUUAUACUUAAUAUAAAAGCACAUAUGGUCAACACAAUAAUACAUUUACUCAAUGAAUAUUUUAUAUUUUAUUAAAUAUAUUGUAUUUCUGAAAACAUUUGUUUUUAUUCCACUGUAAAUCAAUAUUUUCUAAUACUUAACUUUGUCUAAUAUUUCCUCACUUAAUUUAAAAUGAAUAUAUUUUAAAAUAUAUGGUAGGUAUAUUAGAAAAUAUUUUAUUAAAAUAUUGCACAUGUUUGUGUGUGUGAAAUGUAUUUUUAAAUGAAAUGCACUGUAUUUAAUAUGUACUUCAAUUUCAUAAAAAAAUACAUUUUUUUGUAUUUUAUUUUCAAAUAUGGAUGUAACAACUCCAAACAAAAAAGGAAAAAAGUCUUGCUAAAAUAGAAAUUUUAGAAAAAAGUAUAUAUUUCAAUUUGGAGCAUUCCUAUUGGUUAUCAUGAGAUCUUUACAUAAUGUAAAGGGCAGCUACUGGGUGUAAAUAAUGUCAAAAAUUGCAAAUUUAUUUUUUUUAAUGAUAUACAGAUAUACAGUGCUGUGCAAAGGUUUCAGUGACCUACCCCAUAUGAUAUAUAUAUAUAUAUAUAUAUAUAUAUAUA